CUGUGUAGAGGCUGCAUAUGGCCCGCAAGGCAUGACACCUGAUGCCAUCAGGAAGGCAUUCCUGGCCACAGAGCAAGGAUUCAUCUCACUCGUUUCAGACCAAUGGGAAACCAGGCCAAGCCUCGCUACCGUGGGACCAUGCUGCCUUGUUGGUAUCAUUCACCAGAGGACUCUCUUCAUCACCAACCUUGGGGACUCCAGAGCUGUUCUUGGGAAAGUCAGCCCCAAUGGGGAGCUUGUCGCAGAGCAACUAUGCAGGGAGCACAAUGUCAGCGAUGAGGGUAUCAGGCAGGAGCUCAUUGCUGAACAUCCUGAUGAUCCGCAUAUUGUUUUACUUAAGAAUAAUGUCUGGAGAGUGAGAGGCAUCAUACAGGUGUCGAGAUCAAUAGGUGACGCGUACUUGAAAUACGCGCAAUAUAACAAGGAACCAAUCCCUGCAAAGUUUAGGCUUCAUACACCAUUCACCAAACCUUUAUUGAGUGCUAACCCAUCUAUUGUAUCUCAUUGUAUUCAACCAAGUGACCAAUUCGUCAUAUUUGCGUCAGAUGGUUUGUGGGAAUUCUUGAGUAACCAGGAAGCCGUUGAGAUUGUUCAAAAACAUCAACGUGUAAGCUUCCACUUGCCUGUUCAUUCUUCAUUGCAUCCAGCUUGUUUAUGUGAUGCUUCUUAG